AUGCCGUUCCAGAAGCUGGUCUCUUUUGAAAUAGAGUACGCUCCACAAUACCAUUUAACAAAGUAUAUUUCCAGCCAUUCCAAACUCCAAUUAGUUCAUGUGAAUAACAAAUCAUCUCCCUUGGUUGAAGGUUAUUUCGCUGUUGGUACAGAAUGUCCUUCGGAUUCUGGUGUACCUCACACUUUGGAACAUUUGAUAUUUAUGGGAUCCCAAAAAUAUCCAUACAAAGGUUUAUUAGACACCGCAGGAAAUCUAUGUAUGUCAAAUACGAAUGCGUGGACUGCAACGGAUCAAACUGUCUACACGUUAUCAACGGCAGGUUGGAAGGGAUUCAAGAAGCUAUUGCCUGUUUAUUUGGAUCAUUUGUUCUACCCAACGUUGACAGAUGAGGCAUGUACCACUGAAGUUUAUCAUAUUGAUCCUGAAGAUUUGUCAGAUAAAGGUGUUGUUUUCAGUGAGAUGUCCGGUAUUGAAUCUCAAUCAUGGUUCCUUUCUUCUCUAGAGAAGCAAAGAACAAUGUUCCCUCCUGGUAGUGGUUAUCGUUCAGAGACUGGUGGUCUAACCGCUAAUCUACGUAUUCUAUCCAAUAAUGAAAUCAGAGAGUUCCACAAAGAGAUGUACACCCCAGAUAAUUGCUGCGUAAUCGUCACUGGUAAUAUUCCAGAAGAAGAAUUAAUAUCCAUAAUGGAAGAUUUCGAUAAAGAGUUGCCAGCAUUUUCCGGUUCUGAGAGAAAGAGGCCAUUUAUAGAUACCCCAGCAUCUCAAAUCCCAGAUUCUUUGCAAGAAAUCAAAGAAAAAACCAUUGAAUUCCCAGAAGCAGAUGAAUCUCAAGGAGAGAUUUCCUUUUCAUGGAUUACUAAACCUUAUUUGAAUCAUCUUGAAGAUCAAGCAGUAAGCAUCUUGUUGGAUUAUCUAACGGAUUCCCCAUUGGCACCAUUCAACAAAGAAUUGGUGGAAAUUGAAAAUCCAUAUGCCACUGAAGCUGAGUUUUGGACUGAUGAUUUUAUGAAAACCAUUACCAAUGUUGUAUUGAAAGGUGUUCCAACUGAAAGAUUACAAGAGGCCAAAGAAAAGGCCUUGGAACUAUUAUCAACACAUCAAGUUUCAUUGGACAGGAUAAGACUUGUGACGGAAAACACUAAAUGGGAUUAUGUGUUCAAGUUAGAGAAAAGUGGGGAUGCUAUGAUAUCGCAAAUUGCUAUUACCGAUUUCUUAUACGGUGAUGUAAAUGGAGAAGUCUUGGAAGAAUCUUUGAGGACUUUACAAGAUUUUGAUACACUAUUGUCUUGGCCACAAGAAAAAUGGCAAAUUUUGUUGCAAAAAACGCUCGUUUCCAAUAAACCAGUGAUUAUAGUUUGUAAGCCAAGUGUAGCACUCAAUGAAAAGCUAGAGAAUGAAAAUAAACUCAGGUUACAAGAAAGAAAAGAUACAUUCGAUGAGGCCAAGAAAAAUGAAAUAAAAGAUAUUUUCUCUCGGGCUCAAAAGAAAAACAAUAUCCCAGUUCCUCAGAAUGUCUUAGAGUCAUUUGAGAUUCAAAAACCACAGAACUCGGUAACAUUUACUGAAACAAAGAGCAUAACCUGUAUACCUGUGCCAUCGAAUGAUAACGAUGAUGCUUUGACUAAGAAAAUACUAGCUCAAAAGCCAAAAAAUUUCCCAUUAUUUAUUCAUUUUGAGCACUUUCCUUCUCAAUUCAUUGAAUUACAUGUUGCUUUAAACGUUGAUUUCGUUGAUGAAAACGAAUUACUUCCGCUAUAUCAUAUCAUCACUGAACUCUUUACAAUGCCGAUGAAUGAUGACAAUGGUAAAAUUGUUCCUUUUGAAGAAGUUGUUACUCAAUUGAAACGUGAAACCGUUGAAACCAAUAUCAGCUGUGGCAUUGAAGGGAAUUUUUCGAAUUUAAUUGAUUUCAAAAUUCAAUGCAAAGCUAAGGAAUAUUCUAAUGCCAUUAAGUGGUUUAGAAAUGUCUUGUUCGAAUCUGUCUUUGAUGAAAAUAGAGUUUCAGUACUACUGGAGAAAUUUUAUAACUCGAUUGUUGAGACUAAAAGAGAGGGCGAUCAAAUGCUCUAUUCUUCUAUGAACAGAAAUCUUUACGAUGAAGCGACACUAAAAAAAUCAUCAGAUGAACUUUUUGUUGAACCAAUUAUUGAAUCACUACUUGAUGAUAUAGACGCGGGUUUGUAUAAGAAGGAAAUCUUACCUAAAUUGGAAUCUCUAAGACAGCAAUUGACUGAAAAUUUGACUAAAGCUCAUAUUUUAAUCUUUGGAGAUAUUGAAAAGAUCGAAAAUAUUUAUGAGCCAUGGAACCGUUAUGUUUUACCAAAGAUUAAGGAGCGUGAGUCUUUUAAUGUUGUUGUUCCUCCAACUCCACGUUUAACAGAACAUCUUUCGGUGCUAGGAAAAGAUCCAACGAAUAAGGCAUUUAUCGUUUCAACGCCAGCUUCAGAAUCAUCUUAUAUGAUGGCUCUCACAAAACUUCCAGAGGGAUUCCAUUACCUCCACAAGGAUUUCGCUCCAAUCUUGUUGGCUUCUACGUAUUUGGAAUGUGUUGAAGGGCCAUUUUGGAAAGGUAUUCGUGGUGCUGGUUUGGCAUAUGGUGCAUAUGUUACUAAGAUGUAUGAAUCCAAUAUGGUAGGGUUUAAUGUUUAUCGUGCAGCUGACGCUAUUGGAUGCUUUGAGGCAGCAAAGAAAAUUGUUAAUGAAUACGCAAAUGGUGUUGAAGAAUUCGAUCCUUUGUUAAUUAAAGCUGCUAUUAGUAGUAUCAUUAACAGUAUGGCUAGUAGAGAAGCUAAUUACUUCAGUGUUGCGGUUAAUAAGUACUUGAACACAUUUUGCAAGAACAGAGGGCCUCGUUUCAACUCUGAACUAUUGGAAAAGCUUGAGAAAGUGACACCAGAGCAACUUCAGAAUGUAAUGAGGGAUAUUUUCGCUAAUAUGUUUGAAAAUAAGAAGGGGUCUGUUUUCGUUGCUUGUCACCCAAGCAAAGUUGAAACUUUAAAAUCCUACUUUGAGUCGUUAAAAUAUGAGGUGGACGUAGAGGAGAUAAUUGAUGAUGAAGAUGAUAGUGAAGAAGAGGAUAGUGAAGAAGAUGAUAGCGAAGAAGAUGAUAGCGACUAA